UUUCCCAUGUGCAAUAAAAUAUAUAUAUAUAUCUUUUUUUUUUGCUAACGUAAAGAAAAUAAUGUAAAAUAAAAUAAAACUUCACAAAUUAUGAUUUAGGCCGUGGAUUUCUAUGGUGGUAAUGCUAAGCAAAGCUGGAAAAGAAAAAAAGGAAAAAAAAAAAAAAGAAGAAGAAGACUCUCUCUCUCUACACCCACACACACUCUCUCUCUAUGUACACACCCUUGUGUUUGUCAGGGCUUUUACACCUCUUUCUUAUUACAGAGAACAAAAGUAGAGGUUAGAGCGAACUAGAGAGAGGAGAAGGAGAGAGUGGUGGUGGUGGUUGAGUGUGCGCGCGGCGGCGCGUCUGAUUCUGCGCCGCCUUGGGUUCGGGAAUGAGAUUCUGGGAAUGAUUUAGAAUUAGAAUUAGUAUUGGUAUUGUUAUCAUCACUAUUACUAUUUUUAUUUUUCUUCUUCUUCGCCGAGUUCGCUUCAUUCCCACGGUAACUUGGUGCCUUUGAUAAGGGAAGAAACAAAGAUUGAUUCAGAUUCUGAUUCGGAAACAAGGCUUUCCUAUUUGGGAUUUGUUUUUCUAUAAUUCUGGCGGAACUUAGAGGAACCCUAGCGUUCCUUGUUCAACCCUCAGUGUCGGCGAGUUUAUUACCAGAUCGAUUCGAUUUCAAGCCGAAGAACAAGAAGAAGAAUAGGAGGAGAGGGUUUCACGAGGUUAAAAUGCUUUGGGUUAAGAGGCUUUCUGGUUUUGUGUCAGCUGCAAUGGUGUUGAUUGUUCUAUCGCCUUCGCUUCAAUCGUUUCCACCGGCAGAAGCAAUCCGAUCCUCACACCACGAUUCUCAUCUCUUACGUCUUCGCCCCGAUGAUUCCCUAAAUCCAUUCUCAUUUCGUAAGGCACCGACUUUUCGCAAUGCCGAUAAAUGCAGCUCCGCAGACCCCUCAAUCCGUUCUCCAAUAAGUGUCUGUGAUCCCAAUUUGGUCCAUGUCGCUAUUACUCUCGACGUUGAAUACCUCCGUGGCUCGAUCGCCGCCGUUCAUUCGAUUCUUCAGCACUCGCUGUGUCCGGAGAGUGUGUUCUUCCACUUCUUGGUUUCCGAGAGCAACCUCGAAGCGCUAGUACGAUCCACGUUCCCUCAACUCAACUUCAAGGUCUAUUACUUUGAUCCGGCAAUUGUACGUGAUCUGAUCUCGACGUCGGUAAGGCAAGCGUUGGAACAGCCGUUAAAUUACGCCCGGAACUACUUAGCGGACCUACUCGAGACCUGCGUUCGGCGCGUGAUUUAUCUGGACUCGGAUCUGGUUGUGGUGGAUGACAUUUGGAAGCUAUGGAGAACGAGUCUCGGGUCGAGAACAAUCGGAGCUCCGGAAUACUGCCACGCAAACUUCACCAAGUAUUUCACGGCGAGUUUCUGGUCGAACGGUCACUUCUCGUCGGCUUUCUCGGGGCGGAAGCCUUGCUACUUCAACACCGGCGUGAUGGUGAUGGAUCUGGUUAAGUGGAGGCGGGCCGGGUACACGAAACGGAUCGAGAGGUGGAUGGAGAUCCAGAAGAGCGACCGUAUCUACGAGCUGGGGUCGUUGCCACCGUUCCUUCUGGUCUUUGCCGGACACGUGGCACCCAUCGAGCACCGCUGGAACCAACAUGGGCUGGGCGGCGACUACGUCAAAGGCAGCUGCCGUGACCUCCACCCUGGUCCGGUUAGCCUCCUGCAUUGGUCCGGAAGCGGCAAACCAUGGCUGCGGUUAGAUUCAAAACGGCCAUGCCCACUCGACGCUCUCUGGACACCAUACGAUUUGUACGGACACUCACAGUGAAUCAAAUACAAAGGGGUUAGGAUUCAUCGACGGUAAAUUCCCACCAGUACUGUUUUUUUUGUCACUUUUCUUCUUUUUUACUUCUAAAUUUGCCAUUUUUCUCCAUUAUUUUGUGUCUUCUUCUUCUUACUCUGAGCUACUCAUUUUUUAUAUAACAAUUACAUUUUUUUUACCUCUUUGUUAUUAUUUAGUUGGGUUUAUUUGUAUUCUAUUCUAAUCUUGUUCUUUUUUUAGUCUUUCUUCUGCAAAUAAAAGAAAAGAUACUCAAUUUGUUAUUGUA